UUUGAGUGAAACUGUUUGUUAUUGUUGUACUAUUGGCUGCGUUGCGUCGCUAAAGUUGCGCCGUGCGGUAUGCAACGUUUUUUGGCGCGCCCAUUUUAAAAAUUUCUUCUUAACGGUUCCAAAAAAUAAAUAAAGAAUUCUUAUCUUGUGAGACAGUGGCUCAAUGUGGUAAGAAUGUCGCCCGCUGAGCAUCAUGUGGUUACGCCCAACGUGGUGAGCGAUGAGGAUUACCAACUGGCGGCAAGCACAGGCGGAGAAAAGUGGAAAGAUGUGCCGGGGUAUCUGAUGGCGAUGGCGAAUUACCUUGCUGGCCAUGUCAAUGAAACGGAGGAUGUGGAACGCUUCAAUGGGCCGAUACUUAAGGCGAGCAUCAAAUCGGUCUAUUGGCUAUUUCUCAUCCAGUAUGCAGCGUUGGCAUUGCUCGGCGUCCUCAUGAACAUCAUCAUCAUCGUGUACAUCAUGUAUCAUCGGCUUUACAAGGAUGUCACGCAUGCGUUCAUUAUCAACUUGGCGUUGUGCCAUUUUGUGCAAUGCGCUCUCGUGUUGCCCAUUUCGCUGAUGGUGAUGCUCAUUCAGAACUGGAUAUUUGGGCAAUUCCUUUGCUUCUUUCUGCCCAUGCUGCAGGACAUUCCGUUACAUGUUGCCAUGAUAUCGCACAUACUGAUUGCCUGGGAUCGCAUGCGUUGGCUAAGCGAUCCGCUCAAGGGUCGCAUACCCGGCUUUGUCUGCUGCUGUGCCACCUGGCUAACUGGCAUGGUGAUUGCGCUCCCUUAUCCCAUUUAUACGAUUUACGUUGAGCUUGGGGACUAUAUGCCACAGUUGGCUGGCAUUGGGCUCUGUGUUGUCAAUUUGAUGGAUGACAUGCAGGAAUACUCACGGGGAUUGUUUCUAAUCAUGUACUGUGGACCGGCUGUUUUAUUGUCGUAUUUGUAUAUUCGCACCUCCCAGGAGCUGCGACCCCCCGACGGUCCCUUUGCGGUCAUGAUGUACGAGCAUCGUGCUGAUGUACGCAUGAGACAACGCAACUCGUCCACAUCGUCGGUGGAGCCGCGCACUCUGAGCGGCGGAGGCGUUGCCGGUCUGAGCAAUGGACAUCACGGGAGCAGCAACCGUUCGUAUGAUCUUUAUAGCGCCGAGCUGGACGUGCAUCGGGAGAAGCGUAAACAGCGCAAUUUUGGCAGCAUGGCCGCCACCCAAGUGGUCUGUUUGUGCCCAUUGAUGAUACUGCGAUUCGCACGUCUCUCGCUCGAGGAGACCUACGAGAAUCAAAAGCAUUUCGAUUUCACCUACCUGAUGUUUGUGUGGGUCGCAUUCCUGCCCACGGUCAUAUUUCCAUGUAUCUAUGCCUCCCAAAUAUUGCCCAGGGACGAACAGGAGCGACUGCGAGGCUACUUUCGACUGUCGACCAAAGGCAAGUCGAAGGCACAGCGACGCAGCGAUGCGGGCGAUGUCAGCUACCGCGAGGACUCCAUCGAGAAGGAUGAGCACACGAACACCACGAACGUUGUGGGCAACGGCCAUGGUUCACACGCUCAGGGCGAGUCGCAAAAGCAGAUGGCAAAGGGUGGCGGACGACAUGAGCGGGGACAUGGACACGGUUCGACCGAUCGCUAUAGUGGAGCGCCUUACCGGCAAGCGCAGUCUGGCGGCAAGGAACGUGAGCGUGACAGAGAGCGCGACAGAGACAGAGACAGAGAGAGGGAGCGAGAGCGAGAGAGAAGAGGUGGCAAUGCGCUGUCGGGUCGAGGAGCUGGCGAUGCGGGCGUGGUGAACAAUCUGGGCAAACAUAUGCGGGGCAAGAAGCACGAUGUCAAGAUCAACAUCAUCUCGGAUGGCGGACAUUCUGGGACACACAGCCAUCAGGGAAGCAAAAGGCAGCCGGCCAGUGGCAGUGGCAGCAACAACAGCAGCAGUCGGGGCAAAUCGGGCAGCCAGACGCGUCAUAAACUGGGCAUUGAAUGCAUGUCCAUGUCGAACAAUUCGGUGUCCAAUCUCACAGCAUCGACUUACUGCAAUGGCGGCAAUGGCAACUGCAGCGUGAUCAACGACGACAGCAGCACCAGCAACUAUGGCGAUGGCGAGGAGAGUUCGGUGGUCAGCAGCAUGAUGCAUCCGCCGCAGCGAUGGCCAGGAGCUACCCCAACAGGAGGCGGUGCUCCGGGUACAGGAUUGCGACACAAGGACAUCUCGUUCAGCGAAUGCAGCAGCACGAUUUCCAGCAGCACACUCGAACGGGAUAUGGAGAUAAUGGAUCUGUUGGAGCGUGAGCGGAGCAUGGACAUUCAAGAGAUGAUGCAGCGGGAGCAGCAGGGCGAAAAGGUGCGUCUCUCGAUGGGUCGCCAGUUGCCCGAUAUUGAGAAGAUCUACGCUCAGCGUUCGCCCAAACCGAAGCGUGACUCCAGCUAUGGCUAUGACAAGGCUGCCUUGGCUCUGGUGAUGCCUGGCAGCGAUCCCUUGAGCCUAUCGCUGUCCAGCGGCAGUCAGCCCACAGAGUACAGCAUGUGCUCCACGUUGCAGGACCAGCAACAGCAGCAGCAGCAGCAGCAGCAACAACAACAGCAGCAGCAACAGUUGCUGCAACAUCAGCAGGCGCAGCUGCGCCUCAGCCAACAGCAGCUGGAUCAGCUGCCGGAGGAGGAGGACGAGGUGCCGCAGGAUUUCUACGACAACUACACGCCCGGUGGCAGCAACAACUUGCCGCCAGCCGUGCAAGCGGCAUUCGCCGGAGCCACCGCACCACCCCCGCCCCCGCCCGCCUAUCAGUAUCAAUAUACGCGACGUCUCAGCCGCAAGAGUUCGGGCAGCGGUUCGCAUCACGUUGGCGGCGUCGGCGGCGGCAGCAGCUCGACACGUGGCACCAAACGCGACAGCUUCAAUUCGUUGAACGGCACCGAUCUGAUUGCCGGCGCCUUCUGUGAACUGGAUCCCACGCAGCCGCUGAAUAAAAUGGCCGGACUCGAGGGACGCAUGAGGCGCAGCAGCCCACGAAAUGCGAGCUUCAGUUCCAGCUCAGCGCGCAGUUCGCUAAAGUCACGAGAUUAUGGUCACGGCUCGGCGCAUUCGGCGCAUCCGGAGCUCGAUUUUAGGGAGAAUAUUUUCGCUGAGCUGUAAGCUGUUUUAUUUUUUAUUUUUGUUGUUGUUGUUGUUGUUGUUGUCAAGCUGCUGCUGCGAAAUGUGGCGCAAAACAAAAACAACAAACAAUAAACUUUUCUAUCAACGAUUUGUGGCAAGAGGGACAAAAGGAUGCUGUGAAACAGAAACUGAACAUUUUUCGUUUCUAUUUUUAUGUUGUCGCAGCUUUAGAAACACU